CUGCAAGUAUAAUAAAUCAUUGCGAUCUACAUUGGGUGGGCGGAUGUUAUGAGAAAUGCUACUUAAGUCUACAGUAUGUGAACAACGUAUAACUUUACGUUAUGGAAUAUGUUGUGACCAAAACUGUAUGAAAGAGUGCUAAAUUUUUGGAUCACUUAUAGAAAGCUAAUCGAAGUUUACAAUAUUAGGAAAAAUUGUUAUCAAAUUUUUUUGAAAAAAAUAUUUGAUUGAUUUUAUUUCCAACAAAAAUGGAUGAGAGAGCUUAUAAACGUAAAAUGCUAGAGAUUUCAAAAAAGCUCACUGAAGAAGACAUAAAAGAUUUAAAAUUUUUGCUUAAAGGUAAAAUUAGUUCGGAUUUACUUAUAAAGAUAACAUUAUCUACUGAAUUAAUUGAAAUCCUUGAAAACAAUGACUAUGUUGGAAUUGAUAAAUUAGAGAAUUUUAAAGAUUUACUUUGUGAUAUAAAAAAACCUGAGCUCGCUGAAAUCUUAACUGUAAAGAACCACAAUACAAUAAAUUAUGGAACUGAUGACUUGACUUCAAAACUGUGUAGUUACAUAAGUUACAAAAUUGGAAAAGACUGGAAAAGAUUUGGAUGUCACUUAGACUUGAAUGAUGCAGAUCUUGACAAUAUUGACUGUGAUAAUAAGGAAGUUUGCGAGAAAGCUACAAAAGUUUUAAAAAAGUGGAAGGAAAAAAAUAAAAACCCUUCAUGGAAGCAAUUAAGGAAAAUGCUAAAAUCAUUUGAACGCUUAGAUAUAGUUAGAGAUGUUGAAAGAGAAUUUUCUGACCAAUUAUCCUGUCCUGAUGAAAUAAUUGAAAGAAGAAUUCCCUAUGGAAGUAUAUUUAAAUUUGUUUUAAAUGAAGAUAAAGUUUUUCAACUAGUAGAGUAUAAAUGCCGCAAAAAUGAUAAUUGGUUGUCUAUCAGUAAUUCGGAUCAAUCUUAUCCUUAUUACUUGGAACGAAAAAAGCAUGAUAAAGUUUUUGUCAAAGUUGAAAAUUUAAUAUUUGAGAAUGAAAAAAUUUAUUUCAGAUUUUCGUUUAAUGAUUCAAAAAAAAAUGUGUUUUAUGAACAUUGUGCUUGUUAUAUUACAGGUGACUGUUAUUAUGAAUCUUCAUACAAUAAUAUUGUUAUUACAACUCCUGAACCAAUUUUCAACAAUGAGUUCAACAAAUAUAUCAAAACACCUUACUCUUUUGAUUGGAGAACAACAGGUUCUGUAGAGUACUGUCUUAAUAAAAUACCGCGUAAUGAAUCAAUCGAGUCAUUUGCAUAUACUUAUAUUGAUAGAAAUUUUCCUGAUUUAAAUGAUGUCAUUUGUCUCCGUCCUUCUUUUGCUGGUGAAGAUAGUGCAACCUUGGUAAUUGACAUAUUUUAUUAAUUCUUUUCUGCAAAUAAAACUGGUAUUUGUGCUAUAUUACCUGGUUACCAUUUACGCUCUCAUGCAAAACUUUUAAAGUGUAAUGUUGAAAGUUUUAGAUAUGGUAAAGAUGAAGAUAGAAUAAUAAUAUUUUACUCUGAACUCAAUCUUGUUCUCAUUGCUCGGAUUGCUACUUCAUUAGAUUGCAUGAAGAUAGAAACUGAAAAUUGUUUGAAUGAUAUCAUAAUGUUUAUUACUGUUAACAGUCUUUUCAUUGAAGUUAAUAAAUUAAUUAUAUUAGGAACUAUUAUUUUACCUUUAAUUAAGCGUGAGGAGUUAAAUGAAGAGUUAUUUUUUAUUUUCUCUAACCGUUGGAACUGUCAGAUAGAAUCUUCUUACUUAAAACAAAUUUUGUUUUUAUGUAAAGAUGAUAUUACAAAUGAAAAUUUUGAGCGUUGGUGGAGAAUAGUUGAUGUUUAUUG